GAGAGCCAAUCGUAGCUCUGAAUGGAACGAGGGUGCAUAGCGAAUACCCCAGUGGCCUAGCUAGCUAGCCAAGUCAGCGAUUAAACCGUCUAAAAUAUUGUCUAAAAUGAAUAUUAUCAGGUCGUCAUUUUCCCGGUUUCAUGGAGUGAUAUGCUCCACCAGGAUUGUUGCACCACAGCUUCCAGCAUCCAGUGGCCACCAGCCACGAGCACUGAGUGGUUGGGUGCUGUCCUGGGCCAGUGUACCUCCCCAGACCUCUCGGUGUGGACCUCUCACAUCACAGGCAGAGGGGGCAGGGGUGUUUCAACAACUCCCCUGGCACCACCAGCAGAUUCGCACAAGGAAGCGGGGCACAGAGUAUCAGCCCAAGAAUAUAAAGCGUAAGAGGACCCAUGGCUGGAUCAAGAGGAUCAGCACUCAGGGUGGCAUUGAGGUGAUUCUCCGAAGAAUGCUGAAAGGGCGAAAAUCCCUGUCACACUAAGCACCCAAUGGACAAACGUUUUUUGGUGAACUUAUUGAAGUACCCAGGUUUUGCCACCACUGUUGAGAAAAAGCAUAACAACUUCAAGACUUACUGGCCCAGUUGUGUGUAGAACUGAAUGUCAGUUAUUGGAUAUGCGAAGGCAGAUGUUUGUCCAUGUAAAUAUAUAUUUUACACACUUUGACAAA